UUCAACCCGGAAGCAGCACAUUUGAGCGUUCGCUUUACAUUAAGAAAUCUCGUUAUGCUUAACAGCAGAAAGACAGGGUAAUGACCAGCGGACUGAUUUUUUUGGUUUGUUUUUUAAUUGUACUUAACCAAAGUUGACGCUAUGAAGGGAGAAGCUAAAAGCAAGGUGGUGACAUCAGGAAGGUUGACAGGGCCAGGCAGAGUAAGUAGAGGGAAUCGGAAUCUGAAUCCAAAAGCGACAGCAGUCCGCUCUGAACCAGCCUAUUCUCUAUACUCCACAGACUCGGAGGACCAGGUCAACACACUCCAUCAAGGUCUGGACCGUUGUGCCGCACUGCUCAGUGGUAUCCUUCAGGCUGAUAAGGCAGCCUCAACAGACGUUCCCAGAACGGAGAAGGGGGGACUCGUGAAAACAAGACUGUCCAGCUCAUUGGGGAAAAAGAGCAUCAAAAAAGCACCUACAAAGAAAGACCAGAAGAGUUCUCAACUAGGCCCGCACGGACCAGUCAGCACAACUCCAAGAAGACAACGACUGACUUCUACAGCUCCACACUCUGGAGUGAAACUCCACCCGCCUCCGAAAAAAACUUCUUCUUUGCCACAGCUUCACUCGCCUUCUGCACCUAGCCACGUUGUCCCUCCACCACACACCUCCACACCUCCACUGCAGCCCAAGACUUCAGUCCUACUGUCUGUGCAGCAGUCUUCCUAUCUCUUAAGACGGCUGCCUCUAAAAACUGACCAGCAGUCUGUGCCUAAUGGUCCACUUGCACAUUGUAAGACCGUGUGUGAUAGAGGGGAGGAGACUGUUCCUGUGAGAGACAUCAGUGUCAAGCAUGGACAGGAGGACACGCACGCCACCACAGAAAAGAAAGCAAAGACGAUUCAUUAUCUGCCAAGGCUCAAGGCUAGGAUUGCUGGACAAGGCGGUGGGGCAGAGAACCUGCUCGGUCAUCUGGAGCAGAUUGUGUCGCCGCCGUUCAUGAAUACCAGCAGUUCAAACAUCCAGACCGAGAAUGCAGCAGACCUAUCAUCACUGCAGAGCCAGAACUCUCAGGUCCACAGGCAUGUGAAUAUUGUGAACCAGCAGUUCUCAGAGACACAGGAAGUGAACCUGGAGAUACUCUGUAACUCAGAAGGACUCACUCUGCAGGAGGAGCUCAUUGCAGCUCAGUCCAAACUGCAGGAGCUGCAGGAUGAGUUCGCAAAACUACGGGAAGCCCACCAGAACACACAGAGCCAGCUGAGAGACAUGGAGGCACAAAAUGCGCUUAUGAAGACAGAGUUGGAGGCGACUAGAAGCAGGUUACUGGACAGCGAACAAGAGAAGAAUGAGCUGGCCUCACUUGCCCAGCAAAGACUUGAAGAGAUUGAAAACCUGAACAGGCUCCUUCGGAGUCAGUGUUUAUCAGAUUGUCCUGCUGCUGCUGCUGACGACAGCUUGUCGAAAAACCAACAUCUGAGCCAACACCAGCACAGACAGGAUUCAGCAGUGCUCCCCACUGAACGCGUAACCCAAUACCUAAUGUCUCUGGGCCGGAAGCAGCCUCCAGAGAGAGAGCUCCCUGAUGCCAAAUCUUUACAAAGCAAUGAGCCAGCAGAUGCUUCAUUACAUCAACAGAACUCUCCACUCCACCGUUCACAUUGUUUCAAUGAGUCAGGUCAGCGUAGGCCAGUGUUUAACCCCAUGCUAUUCCAGUCCGACGUGGAAUCCGUGUGCUCUGGCUGGAGCAUGAAUACCUUAUCGACCUUUGACACCAGAGAUGAGACGGCGUUCAGAGUCGGCCUAGCAGCGCUGGAUGCCAGCAUAGCCAGUCUACAGAAAACCUUUCAGCUGGACCUGAGGAGGUGAUGGGCACAGCUUCACUCUGCACCUUCUCAGUCAACUACUUUCUGGAUUAUGUUGCAUAACUGACUGACUCAUUGACUGUUGCCCUUUAUUUUGUCUCAUUAGUGACAUUUGAAAUUUAAAAUAAAGUUUACACUCACACUGGUUGACAGGAAUUAAUU